CACUUUAGCAAGACGUGACAGUUUGUGAGCGAGAGCGUGAGAGUGAGUGGUCUUCGUUGUGGUAAAAAAGGACGACCACCCCUUAAUGUGACACACAAAACGACACACAAAGACGUGUCGUUUCGACACGAGUGAGGAGCAAAUAACUAUUUUCACUUAAAAUUUUUAAAAUACGGUCGUUUCUUGACAAAUUAUCGUGUUUUUGGGCGUCGUUACGACCACGAUCUAGGCAAUUACGACAACGAUUUAUGUAAUUACGACACGGACAUGACUGCAGUUUGAUUAUAUCGCUUAAAAAGAAGUCCUUCUCAUCCUAGAGACGUCAUAUAUACAUGGAAGUCCUCAGGCCACGAAACAGCUCCUGCUUGAUGGUGUUCCAUUAUGGCAUCUUCGACCUGCCCCUACCCUGCCGGUUCAAGAUGUCUCCCGUCGCCAACCUCGAGACAGACAUAGCUUUGCCUACGCCAGCAGCUUAUGGGCAACUUGACUUCUUGAAGAUGCCGGCAAACCACUCGGACAGCGGUGGGGGUGGGGGUGGAGGUGGUAUGGAGCCGGCGGCAGCUGCUGUCAACGGCUCGUUCCUGGCUGGCGACAACUCGGAUCCUGGCGACAUAGCCUUCUCUAAUCUCUACCCAGCUGUGAUCGAGUGCUUUGUCAUCAUAUUCUGUGGGUAUCUUGCAGGACGAUGCAACCUUAUAUCUCAGACAGAGUCCAAGGGUUUGAGUACCUUUGUUGGGACAUUUUCUCUGCCAUCUUUAAUUUUCUUGUCAAUGGCAAAACUAGAUUUCAGCUCAGUAAACUGGCUCUUCCUUCUGUCAAUAUGCAUAUCCAAGUCAAUAGUCUUCGUUUUGGUUGUGCUGGUCACACUACUUGUCUACAGACCAGUUGACUUUGGAAAGGCUGGCCUCUUUGCCAUAUUCUGCACUCAGAGCAAUGAUUUUGCCCUUGGAUAUCCCAUAAUUGCUGCGUUGUAUGGUAAAACCCACCCAGAAUUUGCCUCAUACCUCUACCUAGUGGCACCCAUAUCUCUCGUCUUCCUCAACCCUAUAGGAUUUAUAUUUAUGGAGAUUGGAAAGCGUCACAAAAGUGGAGACGAUGCCAGCGAGGGCUUUAGCCAAUCAGCUGGGGGCAAAGAAUUGGGGUGCCGAAUGGUCCUCUACAUCCUGAGAGAUGUGCUGUUAAAUCCCAUUGUUCUUAUGACAGCUCUGGGAAUCAUAGGAAACUUCAUCUUUGAACAUAAUCUUCCAAACAUCCUGGGUGGCAUUUUGAAAGUUAUGGGGCAAGCCUUUUCUGCGUCAGCCCUGUUUCUACUUGGCUUGAGGAUGGUCGGGAAGGUGCAGACUCUGAAAGGUGCUGGAUUGGUUGUGCCAGGAAUUCUGAUCGCAACGAAGACGUUGAUUCUUCCUCUAGUUACGCGGGAAGUUGUUAGUCUUUUACACCCUGGAAACAACGCCAAUGAAACUGCAGAUUAUAGUAAUUACGGCUUCUUGUACGGAACUUUCCCCACUGCGCCUGGAGUUUUCGUAUUUGCUUCACAGUACAACCUCGCUAUUGAUCUGGUUGCAAGCGCAAUGGUAGCCUGCACAUUCCUGUCAGCUCCUUUGAUGUUUGUGUCGGCCAAAAUGGUAACUCUAGUCAGAAUCAAUCCUCUGGACUAUGUGAAAGAGUUGGAAUCCAUAUUAUUUAAUGUCAGCAUCAUUGGACUCAUAUGUACUCUGUGGGUCAUCGCCGUCUUUAUUUUAAGCCGCAAGUGGCGUAAAGUCCCACACUUUGUCACUCUGUGUUUGGCAGUAUCACAGGUCAUCGCCUGCCUAGGGGCACUGAUGUGGUCCGUCCAAGAAUGCAACCACACGUGGAAGUUGUAUUUACAAUUCAUACUUUUCUCGUGGGGCGUAUUUUCAUCUAGAUUAUGGACGGCUAUUCUAGCCAUCGUUCUGUUCCUCCUUCGCUGGCGUUCCCUUUGUUUCGUGUUGAGGCUCCGCCCAUUUCUGGCACUUAUAGGAUGGGGAGUCCCUGGAAUUUUGGUUCUGGUACUAAUCCUCAUCGUCCAGCAAGAAACUGACGUUGCCAAUAAGCACGACCCCAAUUUCCAGUACGGCACAGCUCAAGCUAUCGUCGCGUUACUCUUGUUGUGGUUUAGCCUCUUUACAACCAUGGUGUGCUUGAUAUUACAUCAGCGCCACGAGAAACGAUAUGCGCAGUACGAGUCGCUCUUGAACCUCGAUGACUCCGAAGACCCAAGGUCUCGUACACCAAGAGGGUCGCCACGGUCGUCCACAACAGAAGCCCCAAGAAUCAAUUCUAAUGGUUUGCUGCAUUCGCUGUCAACUCAUUCCAUCGUUGAGGAGUCGAGCACGGCUGAAAAUCCCGACGGAAACGACGACUCGGUCUCCUCUGACAGUGACAGCUUGUUCAGUCCUCACGAUGAAUUAAGCAUGGGGAGUCGCUAUAGGUGUGAGGGUCGCCGUAAGGAGAACACCACAGAAAUCAUCCAGCGAUAUGCUUCCACGUCGCAGCUCACCGAACCUAUGGAGACGUCUAUUGUCCGGGAUCGAGACGACGAAUUCCAGAUGAUGAGACACAUUGUGCUUCUGCUCUUCCUUUGUGGCUCAAUGAUUGUGGGCUUUGCUCUCUGCAUGUGGACACUUGUAACAGAAGAGGUCAAUGGCGUGUAUGUGGAGUUGGUCUUUCUUGACAUCGUCCUGAACUUUGGACAAGGAUUCUUCACAGCAGCCAUUUUUGGAAUGGAUACAAAGUUAAUCGUUAUGCCUCUCCUAAAGUUGUGGCGUCGCAUUAGUCACGGAGCCCCGACAGUAAAGGUUCCUUCAUGGGAAGAACUGGAUCCCUUGACUAAGCAGACGUGUGAGCAGUUUACAAGUUAUCACAUGGACAAGUGUAUCAGGGAUAUAGUUCGAGAUCGAAGGUGGAGGUUGAAAAAUCUUCCUGCCGUAUUUGCUGGAAAGGAACUUGUUGAUUGGUUGUUGAUGGUAGGCCUUGCAAGAGAUCGAACGGAUGCCGUUAAGUACGGUCGACAGUUGCUACAAGGCUGCAUCAUUCGUCACAUAGAUAAUUUGCACCACUUCCACGACCAGCCUCUCUUUUACACAUUCAAGACGACUGAAAGUCGUGCAGAGUGAUCGUCGUACUUUAAGUGUCAUCCCAGUGCCGUUUCGAAUUGCUAAAUAGAACCGAGGUUGUGAGUUAUAGCACAGUUUUAUGUAUUUAAAAUGGGAUAUAUUUUUGUAUGUUUGUGUUCUGUAGAUUGUUAAAAGUAGUCUAGGUCUGUCAUUUACAGUCCUAUUAGUUUUCCUUACAUGGAUUUAGAUAUAAACGAUGUGUCAAAACAAUUCUUCCCGUCAAAGAGGCUAAAAGUGAUGAAAAUCAACAUUUCCUAGUACGUAUGUAACAAUGCAAACACUGCUACUGUACAGUAAUAGUAAUGGAACCUUUAGCUUGUUUUACUGAAAAGGCCAGACCCUUUGAAGUUAAUUCUUCGGUUAGCAGUUCCAAUACUGUCUCAUAUUUGCCUUAUGGUAUGUCAGUAGGGUUCUUGCAUUCUUAAGGAAUUUCAUAUUUCUUGUCUAAUGCUAAUGUGUAAAAUCCUACACAUAUAAACCUUACUAAUUUCUUAACUUGUUGAAUCUGGCUCUCAUUUGAAAUUGUCUUGGAUUCCAUAAGGCAAGGUCUACUAUGGAGGACCAUUCCAGGUUACGAAGUUUGUCUUCUCUUUAGAGAAUUUUUUUAAAAUUAUGGCAGUCUGUAAUAUCUCUUGAUAAACGAGAAACAUGUCUGUCAUGUUAGUCAGUGCCCUGUCUGUUUUACUUCAAACUUGUGGCACAGUACAGACCACAAAGUUCAGAUGAAGUAAUUUUUGUUGUGGAGGGGUAUUUCCUGCACUAUCAGGAGAGUUCAAGUACUUCCUCUCUGUUUAAGGCCCCAUUACUUUCCGGUGAGGUGUAGGUUGCCUUACGUAAUGGUCUUUGCACCAGAAGAAAUGAAUUCAUCAGAUUUCUUUAAAACGUGACUUCCUGAUCUUUGAGAUCCAGUGAGACAGUUCUACAGUUGGCCAAAUCAUCCCAUUAAAUUUGGAAAUGCUUCUCUAGCAACUUUGUUCAAGUCUGCUUAUUUUAGCCAUGAGAACCCAGUUCCUGUUGUUCUUUUCCAGUACAGUACUGUAUAUUUUAUAUUUAUUAUUGUACUCUUAUAUUUAAGGGAAUUUUAUUUUCUCUGAGAUAUCUGUAAUGAGUUUACAGGAAUGAAAAAAAUAAUGCAGCGUUGUAUUCGGCCAGGGAAGGUCUAACUGUAUGUUAGUCACCAUGUUUGUCAUUAUUUCGUAUUUUGCCAGUGCGGAUAUUUUUCCCCUCGUACAUUAACGAUCACAUGUAUGGCUUUGUAGACAUUUCGGCAGAAUUUUUGUAGCAAUUGUAUUUUUGUAAGUUUUACAAAGAAUUAGCAAGUGGAUUUAUACACACACAAAAUUUCCGGCCAGAGGAUCUCAUUUGCACUGCAAUGCAAUUCCCCUCCCACUUGACGUAAAACACAAGUGCAACCAGUGCUGACACAUAUGUAUAUAUGAGUCAAGUUGUGCAAGAAUGAAGAUUGUGAUAUUUAUUUUUCUGUAGAUGUAGGUUAAUGAGUGUAAGUUAGGUAUCAGCACAAACUGGAAACAACAGUAAUGUUUAUUUAAGGAAACAGUUGUAAAAGUGAUGAAUGUAGAUAAGUUACAUUUCUUUAACAUUUUAGAUUAGAUACAAGGCCACUUCAUAUGGCUGUACCUAUCUGAUGAGAGGUUGGGUAGGAACCAAAUGUGCUAUUAUGGUAUGUUCUGCAAAAUGUGAUGCCUGUUAGCAAUCCUUGCUAUAAUUCACAGCACAUACAGUAUAGUAUGUCUGCUAAGUGUCCACUUUAUCAAUUCGUAUACUAUAUAAUAUAUAUAUGCAUAGUGUUUGUAGUAAUCUUGUAAUUGAGUUGAGAUGUCACCAUUUGAAAAAGGCCAUGGAAGGCAAUGGUUCAUAUGAAACCAAGUUUUUGUGUUUUUUCAAUAACAGAGUAUGCCUACAUUUGCUCUCUAUAACAUACAGUGCAAAAUGGGUUGUUCCAUUACUCAGUAAUGAAGGUUAUUCUUAUUAUUGAAGGUUGUUAAAAGUUACCUCGUAGCACAAAGAAAAAAAAACUGAAUUGCUUUAAGGUGGAAAUUAUGCCCAAAAUAUUUUAUAUUUGUAUGGCAUUGAAUUUAAUAUGGAAUUUAGGCCAAAGGCCCAACACUGGGACCUAUGUAUAUUUGUUUGGAGAAUAGUUUCAAGUAACUUAUUUCCAAACCAAAUGCUUUAAAAUUUUUACAAUCAUGUAUGUGCAAUAUGUACACACGUUUACAAAUUACUCUCAAUAAAUUAAUAACAUUGAUACGAUCAAAGCAAUACUAAAUAAGCAUAGCAAAUUAUGUUCCUUCCAUUUGGAUUUGGAAGUAAAGUUCCAAGGUAAAAGUGUCUGAAACUUUUAAAUUAUUUCAAAAUUAUGAAAUGUAUUUUAUAUGAUGAAUUUACUUCUUUCUGUAGGAUGUUUAUUUUAUGAAUCUAUAAAAGGUAAUAAAUAUAUCUUAAAAAUAAUUGAAAAUAUAGGUACCUAUAAGUUAAUCAAGAGCUUCUAGUGUCAUGCUCUUGGUAGUGCCAAAAUUCAUGUGGCAUACCACAUAAUGAUUAUGAACAUAUCAAUGUUUUUUGUUGAGUGCUAUAUGCAAUUUUGUUUUUUAUGGUAUAAAGCUGGGUAUGGUGUCCUUAAGAUGGUAAAUACCUGUAUUUGUUUGUACAUAGAAAUGUGAAAGUCAUGAGAGUUUGCCAAAAAUUUGGAGGAUAUCAUCAUGGAACCAGAAGGGUUGGGACUAAAGCCCCAUCCACAUGGUUGAGCUUUGUUCGAUGUGAUGUCAGGACGGGAAAAGUCAGAACCUUCUUUGCCGUUUCUCCGCUUCUGCCGUUACACCGAACAGAGUUUGUCAAGCAUAGUUCGACCGUGUGGAGGGGCCUUAAGUUGACAGUUUGAUGUCUUUAGAAUCUCAAGUAGUUACGUAUAGAAAUUGGUAAACAUUGUCAUUUCAUUACCUACAAUUUUUGCUGCAUUUGUAAAAAUUAUGAUCUGUAAUUCUUUAGUAUAACUACAUUUGCUAGUUCUUGUGAUUUUUGACUAAUACUGGUCUACAUUUUAACAAAAUAGAAAGUGCCGUUUUUUUUGAGAUUCUGACCCAAUGAUGAUCUCUCCUACUUUGGACUGUAAUUUGUCUUUUUAUGUUGUUUCAAAGGAUAAAGUUCUGUAAAUAAAUUGAAGGGGGUAUAAUUGCUAUGCAGGUGAUGAUAAUUAUUUAUACAUGAUCUGAUUAUGUGAACUUGUUUUUAUUUGAAGGUAAUUAGUUUCUAUAAAUUCAUGCGAAACCUUUCCAAGGUAGUUUUUAAGGUCUUGUGGUUGUUUAUUUAUUGCCAUGUAAAUGCAAACUUAAUCUCAUUACAGUGCCCAUACUGUACCAUUACAGUCUUACAUGUUGUACUCUUGGCAUACCCUGCAGUUAUGUACUGAUGAGUUGUAACUGUGAUCUAAUGGGCAUAAAAGAUGUACUAGUCAAUUAAAUGCGUUAUGUAUGAAA